AUUUGUAACCUACUACUACUGUUUACGUCUUCUUUUUCCCUAUCCCAUAUUUGCCUCUCGACGGAACGCCCCCACAGCCUCUCCUCUGCAACCUACGCCGAUCACCUUCUUCGUCCCUUCAUCACCUGCUUGCUCGCCCUCAGGGUACAUCUUUUUUUUAAUUAGUUCAAGCUUCACUGACAGCGAGAGGUUGGCUAUGGCCUCCGCCGCUUCCAUCUCUUUAAGGUGCAUCGCCAAUCAUCUAACAGCUUCUGAUACUGCUGCACACUGUAACGGAUUCAGUGCCAAGAACUUUCUGGUGAGGUUUGGAUUCCACAAGCCACCGUAUUCGAGGUGUAAUCAAUUGUUGGUUUCGAAGAAGUGCUCUCUUGGUAGAGAGAUGGAUGUUAGCACGUCGACCUUGAUUGAUGAUGUCGAAUUGGAGGAACAAGAGCCAAACAUUUCGACUAUGAUAAUGAAUUUUGAAAGUAAGUUUGAUCCUUACGAUGCUGUUAGCAUUCCGCUAUACCAAACUGCGACCUUCAAGCAACCUUCGGCAACAGAAAAUGGCCCAUAUGAUUACACCAGAAGUGGGAAUCCUACACGGGAUGCUUUGGAAAGCCUCUUAGCAAAGCUUGAAAAAGCGGAUCGAGCAUUUUGCUUCACCAGUGGGAUGGCUGCUUUAGCUUCAGUUGCUCAACUUGUUGGAACUGGCGAGGAAAUUGUUGCUGGUGAUGAUCUUUAUGGAGGCUCUGACCGGUUGAUUUCGCAAGUGAUUCCCAAACGAGGAAUUGUGGUCAAACGCGUGAACACACGCGACUUAGAUGAGGUCUCAUCUGCUAUUGGCCCUCUAACAAAGCUUGUGUGGCUGGAGAGUCCAACCAACCCAAGAUUACAAAUAUCAGAUAUUCGGAAAAUUGCAACAAUGGCGCAUAAACAUGGGGCUCUAGUGCUGGUAGACAACAGCAUAUUGUCCCCUGUGUUGUCCCAACCACUGGAACUUGGGGCAGACAUUGUUAUGCACUCGGCUACCAAAUUUAUUGCUGGACAUAGUGAUGUAAUGGCGGGUGUGCUUGCUGUUAGGGGAGAUAGCUUGGCAAAAGACUUGUAUUUCCUCCAAAAUGCAGAAGGGUCUGGACUGGCUCCAUUUGACUGUUGGGUUUGCUUAAGAGGAAUCAAGACACUGGCCUUACGAGUUGAAAAACAGCAGGAAAACGCACAGAAGAUUGCUGAGUUUCUCCAUACACAUCCACGUGUGAAGAAUGUGUUCUAUGCAGGUCUUCCUACUCAUCCUGGCCGUUCCUUGCAUUAUUCUCAGGCAAAGGGCGCAGGAGCAGUAUUGAGCUUUUUGACUGGAUCGUUGGCUCUCUCCAAGCAUAUUGUUGAAACUACCAAGUAUUUCAGCAUAACUGUCAGUUUUGGUAGCGUGAAGUCCCUUAUAAGUAUGCCUUGCUUUAUGUCCCAUGCAAGCAUACCCGCUGCGGUACGGGAAGCUCGAGGUUUAACCGAAGAUCUGAUUCGGAUAUCAGUUGGUAUUGAAGAUGUGAAUGAUCUCAUAACUGAUUUAGACAAUGCACUCAGAACUGGACCUCUGUAGGAGUGGAGGAACAUUCAAUCUUGAAACGAUCUGCAGCUUGAUGACGAUGAUGAUAUUGAUGAAGAUUGUUUACUUCUGUAAAGGAAGUGAGAGUGGAAUAUACAAAGACUGGUUUUUGGGUAACUUGAUGAUGGUGCAAAAUAUUCAUGAUUGGCUUUUGGUGGAUUUUUAAGAUUGAAAAUUAUACACUUAUCUUUAUUGUUGUGACAUGUUUGAACUCAAAAUUGGAUCAACUCUUAUAAGCAA